GUGGUUCGGUGCGGCACGCCCAUGCGGAAAAGGGAGCGUGGCUUUCAAAGGGAAGAUGACAUGUAAACAUUGCGGUCACUUCGAUUUUUUCUGAAGUCACGGGAACAAUGAGUUUCCGCGGUCGUUAUGGAUAAAACGUGAUCCUUCUGGUCGGCGAUCUUCUGCAGCUGAGUGCCAUCGCGCAAUGCGACUGACUCCUUCAAAAAUCCUUUUCACGUUGAUACUCGGCGUACUCAUUCUGACUACCUGGCUGAUCGUGAGCCAAAAUGGUCCUGAUCACUACAUUGUUCAAAAUUGCCAGAACUCGGAAGAAUUUCAAGAUGCGCUUCACAAGCUUGCCAAAGACACGCACGACGUGCUCUCGAAUCUGGGCCUGACGCACGCCCUUUGCUAUGGAGCCCUUUGGGGACAGAUUCGCAUCUCUAGAUCCUUGCCCUGGGAGAACGACGUCGAGUUUUGCGUGCUCAACGAGGAGUUGAUGCAGAAAGACGAAGCGUCUAUUUUCAGCACUUUCCGACGCAAGCAGUUGCACCUGUCGUACGACUCUGUGGACGGCGUGUACACUGUUUCGAAUCUUGCUCCUACCCCACCCUCUGAUUUGGCAAGAGGAGUUGUGAAGCUAAUCGUAUUUGAAGAAGACAGUAAGACCGCACGACUGCCUGGCGGGAAAGGCAUGCUGCGCAGAGUGGGAUGGAAAAGAAGAGUCAUGCCUCCAGACUGUGAAGGAAUCGCAAUACUUGAAUGCUUUCCACCAAACCUAGUCACACCACCUCUACCAGAAAGAAAUUUUGGCGGCUAUUUCUUACCAGUGCCAAGGGAGGGCGUGGAAAUUCAAAAGUACCACUACAUUGACAACUGGUGGAAGGAAGUGAUACCAAAGAAUUGUUAGAUUAGAAUAUACCAUCCCGAACUCAAUUUAACUUAAAAAGCCAAUGUAGGCGAAUCAAAAGUAUUUGAUAAAGAUUCAAACAAUUAAAGAAAUUUAUAAGCAUAAA